UCUCAAAACCUAAAAAAAUAUUACUCGAUCAACAUGUCUUUUGCAACCAGAAUGAUGAGCAUGACACUCUCUUUUCAAAUCAUUGCAGCUCUUCUCUUUAUUACUGCCACAGCCUCAUCAUCAACAUCUCCCAGCGGCUUCACCAUGGACCUAAUCCACCGUCGCACUAAUUCAUCUUCUUCUCAACGCUCUAAUACUGAUGAUCAACUCCGAUCAUCACCUUACUCCGACCUCGUCUUUGAUACCUACGAGUAUCUUAUGAAACUCCAAAUCGGUACACCUCCUGUCGAGAUCGAAGCAGUCUUAGACACGGGAAGCGAGCACGUAUGGACACAAUGUUUGCCUUGUCUUAACUGCUACAAACAACGCAAUCCCAUAUUCGACCCUUCCAAGUCCUCGACCUACAAACAGAAACAAUGCAAUACCCCUAAUGACCCCUCUUGUGAUUAUGAGUUGAUAUACGGAGACAAAAGCUACUCCAAAGGAAGCUUCGCAUCAGAGACUGUCACCCUCAAAUCCACUUCCGGCCAAUCCUAUGUAAUGCCUAAAACAGUUAUUGGAUGUUCGCACAACAGCUCAGGGUUUAAAACAACCGGUUCUGGCAUUGUUGGCCUAAACUGGGGGCCUUUAUCACUCAUCUCUCAGAUGGGCAAAAACAUGCUAGGUGCUAUUUCUUACUGCUUCUCCCCUGAGGGAACUAGUAAGAUCAACUUUGGACGUAACGCUAUUGUGUCGGGGAAUGGGACUGUAUCAACACCUAUGUUUACGAAGAAGGAGGAACCUGGUACCUAUUACCUAAACCUAGACGCUGUCAGCGUUGAGGAAACUCGCAUUGAAACACUGGGGACACCGUUUCACGCCGUAGACGGGAACACAGUCAUAGAUUCUGGAGCAGCUGUAACCUACUUGCCCACGAGCUACUGCAGCCUAGUGAGGGAGGCAGUGGAGAAGUUUGUUACAGCGGAAAGAGUAACUUACGGGGACAACUCGCUUUGCUACAAAACGAACACCUUGGAUGUCUUUCCAGUGAUCACAAUGCAUUUCAGUGGAGGUGCAGAUCUUGUUUUGGAUAAAAACAAUACGUAUAUGUCUUUUGGACAAGACAUUUGUCUGGUUAUUCUGUGUGGUGCUGAAGAAGCCGUUUUUGGUAAUAGAGCGCAGAAUAACUUCUUGGUUGGUUAUGAUCAUUCUUCACGACUGGUUUCUUUUAAACCCACCGAUUGUGGAGUUACACAAGACAUACCAAGAGACUCAAUUUCUGCAGCAUUGGUUUUACAGUUUAACGUUAAGUUUGUUUUUUUUAUAUUUGUCCUUUCGUUAAUGAGACUAUAG